AUGUUUGCUCGCCAAUGUACUCGUCUUGUCAACUCUCGGACUUCCGUCCCUUUGACAUCGUAUCUCGCCCGAGUCCGGGGUUACUCGUCAGCCGCUGGCAGCUAUGAGCACAUCCUCACCUCGACUCCCAAGCCCGGCGUCGGACUCAUCACCCUGAACCGGCCCAAGGCACUCAAUGCACUAUGCACACCACUCAUGACAGAGCUCAACGAAGCAUUGAGCACCUACGACAACGACAAGAGCAUCGGAGCCAUUGUCAUCACCGGAAGCGAAAAGGCAUUCGCCGCCGGCGCCGACAUCAAAGAAAUGGCUCCCCUUAGCUUCUCGGCCGCAUACAGUGAGAACUUCAUUGCGCCAUGGUCUCACCUCGCCAACUCGAUCCGCACCCCAGUCAUCGCAGCGGUGUCGGGGUACGCACUCGGCGGAGGCUGCGAACUGGCCCUCAUGUGCGACAUCUUGUAUUGCAAUGAGAAGGCCGUCUUUGGACAGCCUGAAAUCAAGCUCGGGACUAUCCCGGGUGCGGGUGGAUCGCAGCGUUUGACUCGUGCAGUUGGCAAGAGUAAGGCUAUGGAGUUGAUCCUGACUGGCAAGAACUUUAGCGGGAAGGAAGCUGCCGAGUGGGGAGUUGCGGCUAAGGUUGUCGAUGGUGGUUUGGAAGAGCUGCUUGAGCACGCGUUCAAGACGGCUGAGACCAUUGCUUCUUAUAGUCGGGUUUCGGUCCUGGCGGGUAAGGAGGUGGUGAACAAGAGUCAGGAACUGUCUCUGAAGGAGGGCAUUGAGUAUGAGAGACGGUUGUUCCAUGCUCUGUUUGGGAGCAAGGAUCAGAAGAUUGGUAUGACCGCCUUCGCCGAGAAGAAGAAGCCCGAAUGGUCUCAUGAAUAG